CUUUCUUUGAGUGUGAUCAAGAGCAGCCUGCUCCUUGUGACGACAGAAAAGUGGACAGACUCCUCGGCGCUGUCUUUAAAGCGCUAAUGUGUUGUCUUUUGUGUUGAUGUGCGGUGAAGAUGACUUACGUAAUAUGACUUACGUAGUUUUCAACAGUAGGGCGUUUGUUUUGGCAUGCUAAGUAUAGACGCUAGCCAAUUAGCGCUAUUAGCUGGACGCGUAGCUAAGUUAGCGGUGCGGCUAACUGUCACCGACUUGUUUUGUUCCGUGUAGAAGUUUGUUCUCUCUAAACACAUGAGUGUUCCGCUGGUUGUUAUACGCCUGGAGUUAGCCGACCAGUCUCCUUCUCCUCAGGGUUUUCAGUACUCGGCUGUUGAAGACAUGUCAGAGGAGGAACUGCAGGAUAAGGCUCUGGGUUUGGCCAAACACACUCUGAGUGGAAAGACCGAGCUGGAAAGAGCAGCUGUGCUGCACCAGCACAUCGGCAGCAGAGCCAUGGGGGACAUGGUGAUCGAAACAUUUGAACCCUGCCCAGGAGGAGGUGAAGACCCUGGUGGUUCAGCUGAGCAGACCAGUGAAGUUCGGGCUGCAAACACUGAGGACACAGAGGCGUCACAGGACAGUGGUGUGAUGUCCAGCUCUGCGCCGGACUCUCCCUCCAAGCAGCUGCCUGAUCAAAUCUCGUUCUUCAGUGGAAACCCUUGUGUGGAGAUCAUCUAUGGAAUCAUGCACCUUUACAAGACCAACAAAAUGACUUCACUGACUGAAGAUGUAAGACGUAGUGCCAUGGUGUGUAUCCUGACCGUCCCGGCAACCAUGACCAGUCAUGACCUCAUGAAGCUUAUGGCUCCGUUUAAUGAUGUGAUGGAGCACAUGAAGAUUAUACGGGACUCCACUCCUAACCAGUACAUGGUUCUGAUUAAAUUCCGUGCACAGGCAGAUGCAGACAGUUUUUACAUGGCGUGUAAUAGUCGUCCGUUCAAUUCCAUAGAGGAAGCAGUCUGCCAACUGGUCUAUGUGGAAAGGGCCGAGGUUGUAAAGUCUGAAGAGGGAGCCAGUCUACCAGUGAUGGAGGUCACUGAGUUGCCAAAGUGCACCGUGUGCCUGGAGAGAAUGGACGAGUCAGUCAACGGCAUCCUCACCACUCUGUGCAAUCACAGCUUCCACAGCCAGUGUCUCCAGCGGUGGGAUUAUGUCUCGUGUCCUGUGUGUAGGUACAUCCAAACACCAGAACCAGUAGAAGAGAACAAAUGCUUUGAAUGUGGUGUGCAGGAGAACCUGUGGAUUUGUUUGAUCUGCGGUCACAUCGGCUGUGGUCGCUACAUCAGCCGGCAUGCGUACAAGCACUUUGAAGAAACACAGCACACUUAUGCCAUGCAGCUCACCAACCAACGUGUCUGGGACUACGCAGGAGAUAACUAUGUACAUCGUUUGGUGGCCAGCAAGACUGAUGGGAAGAUGGUGCAGUAUGAGUGUGAGGGAGGCACGUGUCAUGAAGAGAAAAUCGAUGCACUUCAGCUCGAAUACUCCUACCUGCUGACGGGUCAGCUGGAGUCUCAGAGGAUUUACUGGGAGAAUAAGAUCGCUCGUCUGGAGAAGGAGACGUCUGAGGAGAUUAACAACAUGAAAGCUAAAUUUAAGGAAACCUUGGAGCGCUGUGAUAACUUGGAGCAACGCUUGGGAGAAUUGACCAAAGAGAAGCAGGGCAUGGAGAAAAAGUUGGCUCAGACAAACAGCAGAGUGCUGAAGCUGGGCCAAGAGCUGAAGGACGAGCAGGAAAUGAACCGCUGUCUGCGAGUCAAUCAGACACAACUGCAGGCACAGCUGGCAGAGAAGGAACGCAAAGGAAAAGAGAGCGGUGAGAUUUUCUCAAGAAUUUCUAAAUGGUCAUGGCAAUCCACUGUCAUAUUUUAAAUCUAUUACACUGAAUAUUGAACGGGAGCUUUGAAUUAAAAUAUAAAGCACAGUUGGAAUAAUAUGUGUUAAAAGAAAUAAUCAGACAAGGUCACCACGUCUUCAGACCCACAGUUUGACCACUCAUACAAAUUCUAAUAUGAAUAUUAUUUUCCAUUCUGUUAUUCAGACAGACUUGAAAAGAGAAAAGGGGCGUGUGCACCUGACACUUUGGUCUGGUGCCUUCAGCAGCAGCACACUGACUCCUCCUUUGACUCCACCCUCAGUGUGUUUGUUGCCGUAUGUAUACAUAUAGUCCUUGUAACAAGUAAACGUUAUUACAUCACAAUAUCUGCAGUUAAAGUGACAUCAUACCCCUUAAUUACCAAGCCCUGGAAGGUUGUCAUCACUACUUUGCCUGAGGGCAACAUCCACGAGCUUUGAAUGGAAAAGUCUGUGUCUGUGGUUUAGACACACCUGUAUUUUUCCCUCGUGGUUUAAAACAAACGUGCCCUUGUAUAAUGUGUUGAUGUGGAAGACACAUGUACCCUUCCUUCCUGUUCACACUAACAUGAACCUGUGUGAUCUGAUUGACUGAGAUUUUGUGUGUAUAUUUAUUCAGUCAUGUUUGUUUAACCCUGUAAGUGCAGCACACCUUUGUCCACAGCUCACCUGACACUCGACAAAAGAACAAUAAUGUUUCUGCAGGAAUUUGCAAAUGCUUUUUUUUUUACAGAGCACUUGAAGUUGGUUCAUCAAGUAUAUCCAGAUAUGCGAGUAGGAUGCUUUACGCUUGACCUUUUACAGCCGUGUUAUCAGCCCCGAGCUAAGUGCUAAUACUCAGCAUAAUGAGCCACUUUUAGACAAAGGGAUAGUUAUCAAUCAUCUGUAGUCCAUGACAUGAUGUUACAACGUGAUCCCUAAAAGCAAAAAUGAAUUAGUUGAUUGUUUUCGGGUUAAUAGCACAAUAUAACAUAAUAACACAAAUUGUACAUACUGUAAAAUUCACGAGUCAACUUUUAUUAUCGGCCUGCAAAACCCGGGGAUUUGGUCAAACAAAUGCAUUUUUGGUUAGUUUUUUUUCUCGUGUUACAGUUGUAUGUUUUCUCCCUUUGAAAUCUGUGCAACAUGUGCGUGUUUU